AUGGCCGCUUCAACGCGCCGCUCGUCUAGCGCAGUACCGCCGCUGACCCAAACACUCAAUGUUCUCAAUGCCCUCGACCCCAGUGCUGAUGUCGAAACUCUGUGGGCGCAACUGCGGCAAGCCUUCAGCCUCAGCUCAGAGCAGCCCUCUGACAAACCAGCCGCCUUUCCCAUCUUCGCCUUCACCGAGGUUCGUCGCCCCAUUCUCGAGAUAGCAACCGAGAAGCAGUAUCGAAACGAUCUUUCCCGGAUCUCAAACGACCAGAAGACACGACUCAGAGGCAUAGCCAAGCAACUCGACAUCUCACCUGCUAUUUUCUGUCUCCUCUUCACUCCCGAGUUUGACGCGAGGAUCUGGCAGAAGCAGGCCCCUUCCACGGCCAAGAGGCACCUCAAAACCUUCCGAACCCGACCAGCCAAGAUCUCCGUUUCCGCUUUGAGUGACAUAUCCGAGGAAGAUUCGCAAUUCCCGACUUUGCCGAAAGACAGACAACCUACACCUGCCGACAACGAUGAACAAGCUGUUAACAACGCUAGCGACGAAGAUGAAGAAUACAUCAGGAGUCGCGAUGAUGGCGAUGCUACCUGGGGCGACGGAGAACAUAGUGAUGCUGAGACAGACAAAGAGACAUCCGUAUGCCAUCUCAUCAAAUCAACACGUUAG